CAAACUAUAUUACGUGGCUCCUCUCCCCUAGUUCUGUCCUCCCAGCAAAUGUUAAACCUCUUGACGAGGCAUAGCCAAAGAUGUUCGAUAGUUUCGGGGGCGGACAAAACAAACAAUUUCAGCUCCUCCAGAAGGUUUCAGCGUUUUUUGGGCCCUUCACAAAACAGAAGAAACAAGAAGUUAAAUCUCACACAGCUAAAAACAGUGUAGUUCCCACUAUAUUUCUUUCUUGCGUAUCUUGCCGAUCCUUUUAUAUUCAUUUGAGCAGAGCCUCUUAACAGGGUUUUUAGCAGCGGUUCCAUUUUAUUCUAUGCCGUCAGAACCCUCGAAUUUCGAAGCGCAUAAGAGAACUCCAGUCCACUGAUCUGCAUAAUGGAGGAACAAUUCAUAUUAAGAGUUCCUCCCUCCAUAGCCGAGAGAAUAAACAGAGUAUUAGAUGAAAAUCCGUCUUCGCCGACCGACAACUUCAUCGAUCUCAGCUUUUCCGACGACGGAAGAAACGGCAGCUUUGUAAUCGACAAUGAAAGGUUUCCUGCCUCGCUACUGGAUCUGCCGGCAAUUGUUGAAUCGUACAAAUCGUACGACGACAGCUCACUGAUAAAGACCGCGGACAUAGGGCAGAUUAUCCAGGUGCGAGAGGAGGGGCAACCUGUAGUUGCAGGUCAAGAGUUCAGAGACGGCCUCGCUCCUCCCAUGCGGGAUGCUCGCCGCCGUCGCUUCCGUCGGCGACCCGACAUAAACCCUGGUGUGGUUUCCAGGGUUGAAGAGGAUCUCAUCCGCAUUAUGGCCGGCGGCACUGCUAAGAAUGUGGAGGUCGAAGUUGUGGAGGAGGAAGAAGAGGAGGAGGAGGAGGAGGAUAUUAUGAUGGCCCCUCUUCCCCCUCUUUCAGCUCAGAAAGAAAUAGCAAAUGGUGAACCUGUUGAUGCAGAGAUGAAGGACGCCUCUGAGAGCUUCGAAAGUGAUGACGAUUCACACUUCUAGGGUAUCAUUGCCAGGGGAUGGACUGGUUUUGGUUUGUUAUAUUAUCACUUAGACCUCUCUUUAGGGCUUCUGGGUUAUUAUUUAGGGCUUUUGGGUCGUGCAACUGUUGCUUAAUUCGGCAUUAAACAAUAUUGGAUUGUGUAUUUCGGCAUGUAUAGCUUAAUUAUAUUGGAACAGCUUGUGUGGUCUUUCA